AUGUCGACCAUCCCCUUGAACAUGGCUUCCUCCGAAACCACCAUCCCCAUCACGUUUUUAGUCUAUGACAGCACCCUAAUUACCGUCGGGCUUGCCAUUUGGAUCACUAUCGGGCUUAUAGGGUGGACUCUCAUUACGCAUAACGACAACACUCACAAAUAUCACGAAGAGCAUAUACGGCUUUUGAAUAAGCUCAUGGACAUCAAUUUGCGCACAAUCACCCUUAUGCAGAAAGUUUACACGGGCGAUCUGGAGCUGCAAAGACGGAUGACGAAGGCGCUUGAGCAGUGUCACUGGUGUAGCCAUAUGAUACCGGAGAGACGCACGCCACGAACACAAGGUGCCUAA